GGUCAAUUCUAUAAGAACACUUAUUCGUCUUUGUAUUCUUAUAAUUGGUUCAUAUAUAAUAUAUUACAUAGAUCUGCUACUACAUACUGGUAUAAACAAGUUUAGUUAUUCUUGUUAAUGAAGCUUAUAUAUGUUUCCUCUUAAUUAUCAGAGAGGUGUUAGAACAUUGGCAAUCAGAGACUGCAACAGGUAAAUCUGCCGCAAAGGAGGCAGGAAAUAGAAGCAAAUGGUCAAGAACAUUCAAUAAAAUUGUUGAUCCAGAAGGGAAUUUCCUUCCAAUAUGGAAUAAGAUAUUUAUAGUAACAUGCGUGCUUGCUGUGUCGCUCGAUCCUUUGUUCUUCUACAUUCCUAUAGUAGAUGAAGACAUGAAGUGCCUCAGUUUGGACAAAAACUUGAAGGCAAUUGCUCUUGCAUCAAGAUCGUUUACAGAUCGCCUCUACAUGAUGGACAUUCUUUUAAAUAUAUUAGCUAUGACUACGGCUAAAUCACCAUCAGCCAGAUCUGGGGAUUCCUCAAGUGGAAAGAAAUCAGCACUCGAGCGUGUUUUGGCAAUAGCAAACACGUCUAUGGUAGUAGCUAACCGGAUUUUCCGAUCAUACAUUUUAGUGGACAUUUUAGCUGUUCUUCCCGUUCCACAGGUUGUAAUUUUCAGCUUCUUUUCCAAAAUGAGGAGCUCAAGAUCUUCGGAAACAAGGAAGUUCCUAGACUCUCUUGUUCUGCUUCAAUAUGUGCCACGGGUUCUUCGCAUUUUUCUGUUGUGUAAUGAACGCCAUUUGAUUCCAAGAAAGGCGGGCAUAUGGAUUAAAAGUGUUUUCAAUUUCUUUCUUUACAUUCUAGCUAGUCAUGUACUCGGAGCUGUGUGGUAUUAUUUUUCUAUAUUAAAAGAGACAGCUUGUUGGCAAUCCGCUUACCGUAGUCAAAAUCAAUAUGAACAUGGCGGUUAUGGCUGUGAUGAUCACCAUACAUCAAGAAAUGUAACAUUACUAAAUGGACUAUGUCCUACAAAUCCACCGAACCCAACACUAUUCGACUUUGGUGUAUUUACUGAUGCCUUUCUCUCUGGCAUGCUAGGGUCAACAAAUUUUCCGCAAAAAUUUUUAAUUUGUUUCUGGUGGGGCUUGCGAAAUCUCAGUUCUCUUGGUCAGAACCUGCAGCCCAGUACCAAUGCUUGGGAAAACCUCUUUGCGGUUUCCAUUUCUAUUAUUGGCUUGCUACUAUUUUUAUAUCUCAUUGGAAAUUUGCAGACAUAUUUGCAGUUUGGAACUACACGAGCAGAAGAGAUUCGGCGGAGAACGAAAACGAAAGAUCUGGAGGUAGAUUUGUGGCUAUCAAGAAAGGGCAUCCCUAAUAAAGUACUGAAGAAACUGAUCAUGCAAACUGUGGAACGAAGAAUCGAAGAGAACAAAGAUGUUCAGGUGGAGAACAUCCUCUCUCUACUUCCCGUGAGACACAGCAAUUUAAUCAGACACUAUAUGCGACUCGCUACACUUAAGAAAGUUCCGAUGCUUCAAAGAAUGGAUGAAAGAUUGUUACGAGAAAUAUGUACGUAUCUUAAGUCGGUGACUUACGAAAAGGAGCAUCCUAUUAUGGAAGAGGGGCGUCCACUUGAUAAGAUGUUUUUCAUCAGGCAAGGCAUGGUUCGGACCUACAGAAUACAUAAAGGAGAUAAAGUUAUAAAAUUUGGUAAUUCUAAGGUUCUUGAGCAAGGUGAUUUAUAUGGGGAAGAACUUCUGAAUCGGAUAUCAAGUUUUACUUCUUCUUCCGACUUGCCCAACUCGACCAGAUUUGUUAGGUCUCUGAACAAAGUUGAGGUCUUCGCUCUGGAGGCCGAAGACUUGAAGAAGGUAGUCAACAAAUGCUGGUGGCAUUUCACCAAGGACAAGAUUCUGUACCAAUAUUAUAACAAAGAUCAGUUGAAUCAGUUGAAGAGGUUAGCAGCUUCUGCAAUACAAAGACAAGUCACUCGCAUUAAAACUCUACAAAAGAACAAGUCUGCAAAGGGUCCCCAAAUGGUUACUGGUCAGGGUAAUAAAAAGAGAAAACUAGGGGCAUAGGAUUUUCCUGCAGUAU